AGACGUCAGUACCUUUGAAUCUUGAAUGCCGGGGUUGUAUUGUACUAACGUUAUGUUAGUAUGGUCCAAGCGCCCUCAGUCAGUACCAGUGCAGUCUACAAUUUACAGCAUCGCAAUGGACACCGGUCCGGUAUCAUUAGGUGCACUAUAACACAGUGAUUUUACCUGAUGACAUCUAAAUCGAAAGCUCAGCUGGCACCGCUGCCACGGUCAGAGAUCCUUGCCUAUUGGGUGCUGUCGUUUGGCUCUCAUCUGUACUCUUUCUACCAAUUGCACAGGUUUUCUAAAGAGCAUGAAGCAGGAUUAGAGAGAGAAUUCCAGUUGGAAAAAGGCCUUGUAAAGGGUUUUAAAAGGGACCCAUCAGACUUUGAGUGGAGUUUCUGGACUGAAUGGGCUAAGAAGUCUUUGCUCUGGACUCUGAUUGGUCAUGGCUUGAUAUCGAGAGUGACUACCAUCCUUUACCCCAAGCUUCAGGUGCCAGCACUCACGAUAUAUGGCCUCUUAGCAGCCAGCAGUGCGUUGGGGUUUAAAGGUGUGAGUGUGCUGCUGGUACAUCUGGGCCUGUCCUUUUUAGUGGCUCAACUGCGAAAGCCUGCUCUGUCAUGGGCCUGCAACCUGCUGCUGCUCUCCACUUUUCAUGUCCGACCACUUCAAGAGGUCCAGAGAGGCUGGUAUGAAACCGAGGAGGAGUACUAUCUGCUCCUCUUCAGUGUUGCUGUCUGUGGUCUACGCUUCAUCAGCUUCAGCCUGGAGCACUGCUGGUGCCCUCUGGACCGUGGUGGAGUUGUGCAGCUUGGCUGGUUGUUUUCAUACACCUUCUAUCAUCCCUUUUUCUACAAUGGCCCUAUCAUCACAUACAAAGACUACGUUGAGCAGAUUCGGAGGCCUGCUGAAGAGUGUGACAGCGGCAAAUCUGUUUUUAGUCACUUUGUGCUAAGAUCAGGGCGGAUCAUACUGUGGUGGUGCAUGGCAGAAUACAUGAUCCAUGUUAUGUACAUGCACUCCAUCCAGUCUAAUGAGACCUACUUAGAGAUCCUUCCUCCCUGGGCCCUGGGAGGUCUGGCUCUGGCGCUCGUCCAGUUCUUCUUUGUGAAGUAUUUGGUGCUGUUUGGUCUUCCAUCCAUGCUGGCUACUUUGGAUAAACUAGUUCCCCCAAAGCUUCCUCGUUGUGUCAGCAUUAUGUACAGUUUCACAGGGAUGUGGAGGCACUUUGACGAGGGCCUGUAUCGAUGGCUCAUCAGAUACAUCUAUGUGCCAUUGGGAGGUUCGCGCCAUGGUCCUCUUUACAAAAUGUUAUCCACUGGCCUUGCGUUCGGAUUCGUCUGCCUCUGGCACGGUGGCCAUGACUACUUACAGUACUGGGCGCUGAUGAAUUGGGUUGGAGUUCUGGUGGAAAAUGGACUGAAGUCUCUCUUUUCCUCAUCCUUUAUUCACUCCACUGUUGAGCGGCAUCUCUCUGCCACCAUGGAAAGGCGGUGCAUUGCACUUCUCUCUGCCUUCUCCACUGCCAUGCUCAUCCUCUCUAAUCUGGUGUUCCUUGGGGGGAUACAUGUUGGCAGAAUCUUGUGGAAGCGUGUCUUCAUUCAAGGCUGGUCUACCCUGGCCCCGCCUAUGCUGGCUUUCCUUUACUGCUUUGCACAGAUUGGACUUGAGUGGACUUCUCACCCACCAUGAGUCACCUUGACUUUGCAUCGGAGUGAGAAUCCCUGCUAUCGGACAACCAGAACAACCUGCUGAGUCCAGUGACUUGUCCUCACCAAGCCAGAGACUCUGUGGCGAAGCUGGCUCACGGCCACAGAACCUGUCCAAACCUGGCUGAAGUGCAGCUGAGCAGCCACUUUUCACAACCUGCUAGACCCAGCGAAAUCUGCCUGUAAGCUAAGACUUAAAGGAUCAGUGCUGAUUCUCUCUCAGGAGAGAGUUCCCUACUGUACUUUGUGGAAAAAGUGAAUGCACACAAACUGUAUUAGAAUGAAUGCUGUAAAUCCAUGGCAGUUUCUAACAGCAGUGUUUUCUACCCAAUAAGCUACACUGAAUCACUGUUAUUCUAAGAAACAGUAAAAGAAAAUAUGGUCCCUGAAUCUGUCGUGGUUAUAUGGCUCUGAUAAGGCAUUGCUCAGUCGUGCGGUAAGCUGGAGAAAUGCUAAUUUCAUAUUUACCGUCUUCCUCUGAGCAUACAAAAGCAGUUGUGUAUUCACAGGAGGACAAACGGCACAGAGGACUGAAUAGAGCAGCAGCAGGCUGAUCAAUGUCAUUAUUUCCCCUACAGAUGCAAAUUGGAUGAAGUAGAAUGACACUAAUAUUAGUAGAUGUGUUGCUAAAAAGCAUUAGAGGGACUCCACACUAACUUUUUAUUCAACACACUAACAAUGACAGAUGACAUUUACCCACUGGAAUGCAGAUGAAAGCUAUUUUAUGAGCAUGGAUGUUUUAAAAAAAACCCACAAGCUGUUCAUUUUAUGCUGAUGUGCUGUUAUAUAAUGCUUGCUAUAAUGCUAUAAUGUCAACUGUAUAAUACCUCAGUCUACAUUUGGGUUAAAGUCUUGAUUGAUUUUUUAUUAUCCAUCCGUAUUAUAAUGGAAAACAAUGCUGUACCUGAUGCAAUAAAUCAUUUAGUUUCACUG